AUGGCAGUGAGGGGGCGAAAACUCGAGGCCAGCGACCUCCGCAAAGUGAUGCAGGACUUUUCAAACCCGGGUGAGGAGAUGCUUGGGGACUGCCUUUUUGUGUACAGCCUACUGGAAGGAGUCCCCUCUUUGCUUCAGGCCUUGGUGGACCAGGGCAGCUCCCUGCCCAAGCGCUCCGCGGGAAUCCAGGUUCUCAGUGAGCUCUUUCACAGCUUCCGGGGCCUUCUGGCACCCCAUGCCAAGGACAUCGUCGUGGCCGUAGGCAUGAUUGCCGAGCAGGUGCAGAACAAAGCGCGAGGUGUUGCAGGACGCGAAGGCGAAGUCGACAAGGACGUCCUCCUCCUGCAGAACCGCUGCGAGCUGCUCUUGGGCCUGCUUCGCCAGCUCGGCGCUUGA